AGGAAAACUCGUAAAGUUGAGAAGCUACCAAAACAUAAAACGGGAGACAGGCCGAAGCCAGGCAGCCACUAUGGACGACUUAGACGCGUUACUGGCGGACCUGGAAUCUACUACGUCCCACAUCUCAAAGCGACCUGUGUUCCUGGCUGAGGAGACCCCCUACUCCAUCCCCACUGGAGGGCACUCCUACCAGGAUGUGUCCGUCCCACCUCCAGUCCCUCCUCCGCCCUCAGCUGAGGCUCUGAACGGGUCCCUGAUGGAUCAGCCGGACUCCCACCACUCCUCUCAGCAGUCGUUAGGUUCAGCCCAGAAGAGCUCAUGGUCCAGGGACAGUAGCAGCUCUCCGUUGUCUCACAUUGAAGAGGACCACGUCUACAGUUUUCCAAACAAACAGAAAUCGGUAGACUCGUCAACAGCAGCCAUGACCUCUGCCAUGGGCAGUAACCUGUCGGAGCUCGACAGACUGCUGCUGGAGCUCAACGCGGUGCAGCAGAGCUCCCCUUCAUUCCCCACCACAGAGGAGGCAGCUCCACCUUUACCGUCCUGCAGCAUUACCCACUACGAGAACGGCGGCUCCCCUGACAUCAUGGUGAGCCCCGCCCCUCAGGAGAAACCCAAGAGGAACGGAACGAGGCUGGAAGAGGCCCGGCCCACCGUGGAGAGCCUGCUGGACGAGCUGGAGGGCUCGGUGCCUUCACCCAGCUCCUCUGCUCGCCACAGCGAUUUAGACACACCCUCUCAGCAGCAAGCCAGAAUUUCAGCUUCCUGUGCCACAAGAGAGCUCGACGAGCUGAUGGCCUCUCUGUCUGACUUCAAGCCCAGUUCUUUGGGCUGUCUGCUGGACCCAGCAGGAGCGUCUUCCAGCUUUCCUCAUCCUCCAGCCUCUUCCUCCAUCACCCCAGUGGCUUCUCCUUUCCUUAGUCUGUCCCAUACGUCUCCCUGUGCCUCUCCUCUGUUCUCUUUGCCUGCUGGUCUAGAGCUGCACAUAGACGAGGAUAGAGGAGACGGUGGUAUGUCAAUGCCCCAUGCGAACCGUCUCUGUCCUCACAGUCCCAUAUCCUCACUUUCUGCAGCCAGUGACCUAGACCUGGACUCUGUCAUAGAUGUCUCUGCCACCAUGCUGUCGUCCCAAACCAGGUCUCUGCUUGUCCUCUCUCAAGCCGCUUCCCUUAACUCCAACCUUAUGAGAAAUAGCCCGAGUCCUUCCAAUACCACCACCACCACCACCCACUCGCUAACCUCCGUUAACACUGUCCUGGACCACAAGUCCUCCAAGUCCUCUAGUCCAUCUGUAGAGCGGGUCUCGCCCUCAAAUACUGUUGGUAAAUUCCCCUGUGCUCCUGAGACUAUGACCAAGGGAUCUUCUUUUCAUGACCUUGUUUUGAAUUUCUCUACUCCUCCUUUUAAAAACCUCACCCCACCUCUCUCAGCUCCAACGACUCCUUCACCCGUCCCUGCUGCUGUCUGUAUAUCUCCUCAUUCUGCGCAUGUUUCCUCAAAAACAUCCUCGCCAUCUCCAGUCUCUUCCAUGACGGUCCCCUCUCCACCAGCCUUCACUAGCACCAGCAGACAGCUGUUGGAGUCGGCCCCCGCAGCCCAGAGAGCCAGCCCCUUCGCUGUGCAGCAACCCCCCAUGGGGGAGCCCUCCUUGGACGAGGAGCUGGACAAGCUGCUAGCCAUGAGUUUUGCACAGAAUCACUCCGAGGCACAUGUGGAGGAUCCACAGCUGAAGAUGGAGGCACAUUAUUUAGGCAGAGGAAUGCAGGAGAUGCAGGAGGAGCUCAUCCUGCCUCUGGACAGAAACAGCGUGCAGCCCGACACUUUCACCAGCGCCACCAACACCAUCACAGACGACUCGGUGGACGGAGGGACUGAUGGGAAUGGAGAUCUGGACUGGGCUGACGAGGAGCUGUCAAUAUCCUUCCACGAUGGACUGGAUGGCACCGUGACGCCUUACACCGAGAGGCCGUACACAGACGGCAGCAUGACCCCGCUGACAGAGGCCAGCUGGAUGGAUGAGUCCAUGACCCCGUCUUCAUGCCCCGGGACCCCUGACGUUGCCCUGGACCUGCCCCUGCUGCAGACUCCCAGUAUAGACCGAGUCUCUGCUUCCGGACAUAUAAAAUCAGUGAUUAGGCGCACCAAGGAGACUCCUAACGUGCACCCCAUGUUCCGAGAUGGUCUUCUGCGCAGAAAGAUGGGACCCGUCAUUGUAAACAAGAACACUUCUCAGGACCGCCUCAUAGAGGAGCUUCAGGGCAAGUUCGGGAUCAGCCGCUCAGAGCGGCGACGUAAACAGUCCGAUGAUUGGCUGACCGAGGGCGUCGUCGUCACAUGCAAACCCCAGCGUUUCCGUCCCGAUGGGGCCGGCAGUGAGGUCGACAAGAUCAUAAUUCCCCCAGAGUCGCCUGUCCCCGUGAGGAAGGUGCUCCCGCCUCUCUCUCCCCCCUCCCUUCGUCGCCCCCCUGUUAUAGAGGAACCUAAGCGGCUACUCCCAGUACAGCACCCCCCUAUUCCUACACCGCCACCUCUCCCUCCACCUCCGCAACCUCGCCACAUCCAGGAACCAGUUCCCCCUGCACCUCGGCAGAUUAUAAAAGCCACACCACCACCACCACCACCACUACCACCAGCCCCAAUUCAGGAAGCUCCUGCCCCCAAACCAGAGCCCCCUCCUCCUGUUCUUAAAGCCCCAAACCACCCUCCACCAGUGGAGCCAGUGACACCAAUACCACCCAAAGUCCUGGUGUCAGUAGGCUGCCAAACAGAGUAUGACCCAAUCUUCCCUCCAAUGCAGAUUAUGGCCCAAGGGAAGGGUGGCGUUCCUGGUGGGGCUCCGACACAGGUCAACAAGCUGGACAACAUGCUGGGUAGCCUGCAGUCUGACCUCAACAAACUGGGUGUACAGACGGUAGCUAAAGGAGUGUGUGGAGCCUGUUGCAAGCCAAUUGUGGGACAGGUGGUGACUGCAAUGGGCCGCACGUGGCACCCUGAACACUUUGUGUGCACGCACUGUCAAGAGGAGAUUGGCUCCAGGAACUUCUUUGAGCGAGAAGGACAACCGUACUGUGAGACCGAUUACCACAACUUGUUCUCCCCGCGGUGCUACUACUGCAACGGGCCCAUACUGGAUAAAGUUGUGACGGCGCUGGAUAGGACAUGGCAUCCCGAACACUUCUUCUGCGCUCAGUGUGGAUCUUUCUUUGGGCCAGAAGGCUUUCAUGAAAAGGAUGGAAAAGCCUUUUGCAGGAAGGAUUACUUUGACAUGUUUGCACCAAAAUGUGGCGGCUGUGCCAGAGCCAUUUUGGAGAACUACAUCUCAGCGCUGAACAGCCUUUGGCAUCCUGAAUGUUUUGUCUGCAGGGAGUGCUUCACCCCGUUUGUGAAUGGAAGUUUCUUUGAGCACGAUGGCCAGCCUUACUGUGAAGUGCACUACCACGAGCGCCGUGGCUCCCUCUGCUCCGGCUGUCAGAAGCCCAUCACGGGACGCUGCAUCACAGCCAUGUCCAAGAAGUUCCACCCGGAGCACUUUGUCUGUGCCUUCUGCCUGAAACAGCUCAACAAAGGCACCUUUAAAGAACAAAACGACAAGCCUUACUGCCAUGGCUGCUUCGUCAAGCUGUUCAGUUAGGGAGUUAGUGAGAGCAGCUCUGGAUCAGGUCAGAUCAGUGUCUAAAGCAUCUUUAGCACAGGUAGGGUUGGGAUGGGAUUUAUUGUGUUGGUAUCAAAGAAGGCUGUCCGUUCUCUGAUAGUGACAUUGGAAGUGUGUAUGGAUUAAGUAUGUGCAUGUGGUUGAAGCAGCAUACAGUCUCUGCUAAAAUACUUGUAACUCGUCCUUCAUCAACUUGGAGAAACGUCCCUAUAUUCAGACCGCCAGCUCUGCAAUUUGCAUUGAGGCUCUUAUACAGGUGGUUUUGAGUUUUGGUCAGUAGGCCGGAGUGUGACGCAGAUAUACUCAAAAGGUGACAUUACGAGGGUUUUCAACUCAACACUGAUAAUAUACACGACUACGGUGUUUUUCUUAAUCCCCUGAAAUGUGUUGGAUAUGUUCAACAGGCAGAGAGCUGUCAUUGUCUGUGUUUUUAUCUUGUUAGAUAGUGGUGAAAUCUUACUGAACACUGUAGAAAUUCAUGAAACACUAGGCAUGUGUGACAUUGUUGCUCACUGGUUGAGCGUGUCAUUUUAGAAACCAUCAAAAAGAAUCCAACACCUACAGCAGGGAGCAGGUGACUUGUUGUUUUUUAACGUUACAAUGGAGGAGGGUAGAACACGUAUCCCCCUCACAUGGUGUAAAGUUGGAAAGAGCAGAUGGAUGUAUCCAUAAUAUCACUGUAGCAUUGACUGACAAUGGGCUGCCUCAGCAUUCACAAUUACUUUGUGUGUGUGAACAGUCUAGUGUCUUUACACUACGUGUCACAAAGAUGAGUUUGAACUGAAUCCAUCUUACAGUUUCCAGAAUCAGAGUGACAAACCACACCUAUUUUUUAGCCAAAGGCAAACUAUGCAUGGAUGAGUAUUUUCACAGUGAUUGUCAAUGAGGAAGUUCAGUAUGUAGUCGUCCACCAGUAGCUGCCGUAUCUGCCAAAUCAUUCCUUGUAUUUUCACAGAAGAAAAGAGAAAACGAUCUGAAAUCUGAUUUUUGCAGUUGUCUCUUGAAGUGGAAUCACGCAAAGAUGUUGGGAGUAUAUUGUGCAUCUCUUAAACUACCAUUACUGUUUCUAGGUACAUCCUGACUAGUUUUUUGUAUAUAUCAAAAGCAGCUGCAAUGUAAGCAAAAUGCUGGCAUGCUUAUUAGCAUGUACAUGCGUUUGAUAACCACUCAUUCAAAGAAGGAGAGGGCUGGUGAGGAGGCAUAGCAAAGAUAUUUUGAUAUUUUUGGUAUCAUUACUGUAUUGAGAAGCUGAUGAAUGUUCACUUGUUUUUGAAAGAAGUUCACAAAACGAGAAAGUUGCCUGUGAUGUUCCAAUGACUCUGAAACCGGGAAUUAACAGCUUUGUAUUUCAGCAUCGGGCGUCUGCCUGUGCCAUUGUAUCAGUACCAUGUCUAAUAACACUGGCAAAGUCAGCACAAUACUCAUAACAGGUCAAUAGUCCGCAGUGAUGUUUCAUGUAGGAGUCCACUGAAAAAUGAUGGCUGUAAAAGUGAGAGGCCGGUGGUCAGUUGAUGACUCGUGUCCCUCAGCAUCUGAGUAGCAUCUACUGUAUGACCACACCUCCACGUGGGAUCAUGACAUGCAGCAUAUAUAUAUAUAUAUAUAUAUCGAGCCUUUUGUCUUUUUCAGGGAAUUCUAGAGCCUUAAAUCCUUUUUCACUCUACUUAAGAUAUCAUGUAACGGUUGUCUUUUCGAAUCAGUUGAGUAGAGUGUUAUUUAACCAAAGCCAUACCUUAUUUGAGUUGUUUGUGUCUCUUCUUCUUUCUUUUCUUUUCACUCUGAAUGUCAGUAGUAAUGAACAGUGAUAUUCCUCUCAUCUAGUCUGAUUAAAGCAAAUAAAUUCAGUUUUGUUAUUAAAUAGUA